UGUAUACUUUUAUCUUCGUUAUAAUACUUAAAAAGCGUUCAGUAGUGCUACAGCAAUAGUAGCGGUAGUGUUAAAUGUGAAUGUUUAAUUUAUUUGGUAUGAAAGAUUUAUUAGUUCCAUCAAUAUUUAUUUUGUGUGUAUAAUGUGAAAGUAUGAAGCAUGAGAUAAAAAAUAAAUACUUAUCGUGUAAAUUAAUAUUUUAAUACUAAUCCUCAAAUUGGUUAUAUUAAGAUUUUACAUAUUUAAAUUUACUGUAAUCCUGGAAAAUAUGGAUAUAUUUGGUCUUCAUCAAUUUGUUGCAGCACCAAUAAAAAAUCUUUUACAAUUCCAACGUAUUAAAGAAAUAAAAUGGAUGAAUCCUCCAGCAUGUACUAAUGAAGCAUAUACACCUACCUCUGUAGAACAUAUAGCAAAUGUAACUACUCAUGGAAUUUGGGUUGUACCAUCUGUCAUAGGUAGCUUGGAACUGGUUCGUCGUUCUAUAACAUGGACUCAAUUAAUAUCAGCUUAUGUAUAUGGUACAUCUUUGAUCCUUGUUUUCACAGUCUCAACAUUUUUUCACAGUGUACAUUACUGCAAUAAUAACAGACAACUUAAAGAAACAUUACAUCGUUGUGAUCGUGCUAUGAUUUACAUUUUUAUUGCUGCAAGUUAUUUUCCUUGGUUCAAUGUAGAUCAUUUCCCAGAUGAUGAAAUAUUAUUUGCAAUGCGUUAUGCUAUUUGGAUUAUGGCAACACUGGGCAUAUUGUAUCAACAAAUUUUUCAUGAACAAUAUAAAAUGUUAGAAACAAUCUUUUAUUUAAUUAUAGGAAUUGGUCCUAGUAUUGCAAUUAUUAAUUAUAGUUAUUAUAAUAUUAUUGAAUUAAAAUUGGGAGGACUGCUUUAUAUUUCUGGGUUAUUGUUUUUUAAAUCUGAUGGAAGGAUACCAUGUGCACAUGCAAUUUGGCAUCUUUUUGUUGCUGUAGGAGCUGGAUUGCAUUAUUAUGCUAUAUUAAAUCAUGUCUUUCCUAUAGUUUGUCCAUCAGAUAAUUUUAUGACACCAGAUGUAUCAUCAUUACCAAAAUUAUUAAAAUCUAAUAUUGAAGAAUUAUAAAAUCUUCUAGUUUUGUUUUUCAUUAUAUCAAAGUUUUACAAAUUGGAAGUUUUAAUAUAAAAUUUAUAAAAUAUCAAUUUGCAAAUUUAAGGUAAGAUUUAAAAUAAAAUAAAGUUUUUAAUAAUUAAUUAUUUAUAAAAUUUUAAAAAGUAGAAAUUAUCAUCAUGUAUGAAAAAUUUACUUUUAGAAAGUAACUAUAUUAUGUACCUGAAAUAUACAUAAAAAAAUGUUAUUCAUAAAUUAUGGAUACUUGUCAAAAUAUAAAUAAAAAAGAUAGAGAUAAAAAAAUAUAACUUAGCUAUUACAAGAUUAUAAUUUAAGAUAUAAUUUUCUAUGUAUUUAUACAAGAAAAGUAACUUAUACACUUAAUACUUUUUAUAAAUCAAUAAUGAUAGAAAAAUAUAAAUACUAUAAUACUAUAAAAAAAUAAAAAUAUACUAAAAUGGAAUAGUAUAUUAUAUUUAUCCAAAUAUAUUGAAAGAUAAGAUUUAAUAAUAGAAUAAUAGAUAAUUUAAAUAAUAGAAUAAUAAGUGGUUAUUCUUUGAUUUUUUAUUUUGUUAGAGAUUUUCAAUUUAUUAUUUAUAAUAAAUGUUAUUAAUAAUAAUAAUUAAUAAUAUUACUAAACAAGAAUGUGAUUAUCUACAUUUAUACUAUAUUAAAUUUAUAUAAAAUAUCGUUUUUAUCAACUAUAUUCUGAUACAUUCCAUUUUCUAGAAAUAAUUCUAGAAAAUAUUUUUUCUAGAAAAAAUAUUGUAAAUAAUAUGAUUUGAAUAUUAUUCAAAACAAAAUAUGAAUGAUCAUUAAUUUGCAAUUUGUAAUGAAUAUUUGUAUUUUUUGUAAUGAUAUUGCUUUAUAUACAUAUGUAAGUACAUAUAUGAAAGACAUAUUGAUAUAGAUAAUAUUAUGAAAAUUAAAUUAAAUAUUAUAAUAAAAUUUAUUCGGAUAAAUGAAGUUUUACAGUAAUAAUGACAUUUGAAUAAAUGCAUAAUAUAUUGCAUUACAUAUUAUAUUAUCCAUUUAAAAUAAUGUAUAGUAGUUAUUUUUUAAUAAUAGAUAGACUUUUUAUAACAUUAUAUUUUAUAAACAUCUGUUUCUAUUGUGGGACUAAAAUAUAAUUUUGUAAUUAAUGAUAUUUAUCUAAUAAUGAAUGAGAAAAUUAUUGUAAUUGUUUAAUUAAAGUUUAAUUCAUUUUCUGUAUUUGCAACAAUAAUGUGCCAAAAUUUAUAUUUAUAUUCAAAUUAUACAAUUUCUAUAACAAAAUAAUAUCCGUUAUUAAUUUUAUACAGAAUACAAAAUGCUAUAUAAAAAAAUAUAUUCUAUAGUUAUUAAUAAAUAUUUUUAAUUUUUUUUUUAAAAAAAAGUUGUAAUCGUAAAAAUAUAUUGAUGAUAUGUAUAAUUAUUAUUUUGUUCUUUUCCUGUUGAUUUUAUUACACAACAAAGAAAUAUGAUUAUAAUGUAUGUUACUAAUAUUGUAAAUUAAUAAAAUACUUGAUAUAUAUGUAUAUACAAAUAAAAAAUUAAAACUUUAUAACCAAA